AUGAGCAUCUCAGACAGCGAGGACGAGCCUCUUGCUCUCUCUUCGCACGCGUUGGCGGCGCUGGCCGAAUUCAAGGCCGAGGAGGAUGCCCGUCUGAAAGAGUUUGAGAGGCUCCAGGAACUAGCGGAGGCGAAUGCGGCCAAGAAGGCGCCGAUAUCCAUGGCGGCGUUCAUGGAGGACUGGAAUAAGUCGCAAUUUUGGUAUUCUGACGAGACGGCGGGUUUCUUGGCGAGGCAACUCCUCGAGGGCGCUGAUGCGGAUACCACGAUUGCGAUUGUGUCUGCGCCCAGUGUGUUUGUUGCUCUGCAUAAUAUCCUGACUACGCGAGACGAGAGCGAGGCCCGGCCAAACGUCUUUUUGCUGGAACACGACAACCGCUUCAACGUCUUCCCUGAGUUCGUCUUUUACGACUUUGCGCAGCCCUUCAAGCUCCCGAGUGAGCUCAAGGGUGUCGUAGACCGCUUCGUCAUCGACCCGCCAUUCCUCAGUGAGGACUGCCAGACCAAGACCGCCAUGUCGGUCCGGUGGAUGAUGAAGCCGGAUGUCGCCGAAAAGGGCCGUGUCAUCGUCAGCACUGGCGAGCGCAUGGCCGAGUUGGUGAACAGGAUAUACAAGCCCCUCGGUGUCAGAACCGUCACAUACGAGCCGAGCCACGAGCGAGGGCUCAGCAACGAGUUUUGGUGUUACGCAAACUUUGAGUGCAAAGACUGGACGUGGCGGGAGGCGGCUUCGAGUUGA